AUUUGGCUGCUGUGAAUUUUUUGGAGGAAAUCCUGUGUCUUAGGUAUUGUUUUGCAAAAGACAAUUGAUUGAAUACAAGUCCUGUUCUUCCAUUUUUUCUGUCUGUGGAAGUAGAAAUCCAAAUUGGGUUUUCUCGGUUGAUGGAUAAAUGUAAUUUAGGAGCUUUUGAGUGAAAUUAGGGAUUGAUCUAUUGAUUAGACUCGGGUUUAAGAGGGUUUGUGACCAUUUUGCUCAUAAGUUACCUUUACUGUUCAUGUGCACUGUUCACGGGUUCCCGAUCGUUCUGUCAGUUAGCACCGUGAAUUGAGCCUUUGGUUUUAAGCGAGUGAGGUAAGUAAAUUUAUGGUAAUGCCCGCACUGUUUUUAAAAGAUGUUUUGACUUGUUUUGAAGUGGUGGUGGGACUAAACCUGUUUUACACAAUGGGAGGUUUAAACGCUAGCACAUGUCGACAUGUUCCUGAUAGUACCAGUUCAUUCCUGUAAUCCUACUAGUGGGAGUUAAACACUAGUAAUUCCUGUUGCCUGCCAGUGGGAGGUUUAAACACUGGCCAUGACCUAUAGAGGAGACGUCUAUUUCGUUCCCGUACUUGUAUCCGUUUUCUGAUUACACUUGUUGGCAUGCUAUAAGUUUAAUUGACUAUUACUGAACUUUAUUCUGCAUAAUGGUUAUCAUUGAGCAUUCCGUUUAUGUAUAAACUGUUUAUCUGAAUGCUCAAAUUUUACCCACGAGCUAUCCAUACAUUUACUUAUUGAGAUAUUUUAUCUCAUGAUUUUCCCUUGUCCACCAUUUCAGGUAGUAUGACCCGAGACACGGAAACCAUGGGAAGUGACGAGUUAGAAGGCUAGCCAUUUCGAGAUUGAUAUAGAUUUUAGAAAUAAAUCAUGUUUUUGUAAGAUAGAUUUUACCUUGUGAUUUUAAGUUUAAGUCAUGUUGGACAUAGAUUUAUGGAAUAGAGUUUGGGAUUUGAAUAAGUUCCGAGCCUUGUGCAUUUGUGGGACCCGUCUCACGAGUGCACGGUGUCUGUUGCGCCUCGGAUUUGGGUUUUGGGGCGUGACAUCAAGAUUGAUAUAGAUUUUAGAAAUAAAUCAUGAUCUUGUAA